GGCAGCAUGGACCUCUGUCGAUAUUUUCACACGAAAUGGAGUACCAUCCUGCUGCUGCUACUCAUCCUGUACCUGUACAACCGUGACACUUGCACCUGGAGAGAGUUUCCCGGCCCCGAGGCACCGGACAUUGCCUCGGAGGCGGGCGUUUACUUCGUCAACACUUCGCGCUGCCGCAUGUGCGCCAUGGAUGCCGUCUCGCCCAAGGCCCUCUCGUUUGUGCAACGUUUGGGGCCCUUCAAGUGUUCCAAGGUGCAGCUGCUGCGUGCCGCCACCAUCAAGGGGCACAACUAUCUGAUCAGAGACCUCGUGGAGUUGGAUCUGUGGCGGUGCUGCGCCGUCCGUCGACUCCGGGAUGUCUUCUGUGCCUACCAGCAGCUGCAGUACUGCACGGACUUUCGCACCCACGUCCUGGGCAUUCAAUCCUUUGCCCUGGACCCUAGAUCGGAGUACAUGCGGGUCCCCGAUGGCCUCCAGAUGUUGAGGGUCUACUGCUGGGUGGACUUUGGGCGUGUCAUCUUCCACGAUGUUCUGCUGUUUGUGCCUCCCCCCCAUGCCACGCACCUCGUGCCAGAGAGAGGAGAAGGCGUGCCCUCCGUGCGCCUUUCGGUCCUCGUCCUGGGCAUCGACUCGCUGUCGCAUCUGCACUACCGCAGAUCCUUUCCCCACGUGGCAGCGUACAUCCGCCAUCUGCCGCACACUGAACUGUGGGGCUACAAUCGCGUUGGCGACAACUCGUACCCCAAUAUCGUGCCUCUGCUCACGGGACUCACCGCCCAGGAGUUGGAGAGGCGCUGCCUGAGGCGCAGGCGGAGCUACGACGAGUGCCGCUUCCUGUGGAACGAAUUCCAUGACGCGGGCUACAUGACGGCCUUCGGGGAGGACACCGCCAAGGGGGGCACCUUCACCUACCGAAAACGAGGCUUCGAGCACCAGCCCACGGACUUUUAUCUGCGGCCCGUGCUGCAGGAGAUGCGGCUGCACACGACCUAUGAGGCACGCGGCGACUUCGAUGUCAAGUGCACGGCGGGACGCCGCUACGAGGAGGUGCUCUUCGACUUUGUGCAACGCCUGAUGCCGCACAUGCAGCAGCGAGACUUCUUCGCCUUCAUGUGGCAGACGCAGGGCGUCCACGACUACUUCAACUACGCGAGGAUCGCGGACCAGGACUACCUGCAGCUGCUGCAGCAGCUCCACCAGAGCCGUAUCCUGGAUAACACGCUCGUCCUGCUCCUGUCGGAUCACGGCCUGCGCUUCGAUCCGUUCGCCAAGACUUUCCAGGGCAUGCAGGAGGCCUCCCAGCCGCUGGGCAUCGCCCUCUAUCCCCCCUGGCUGCAGCGGCACUUCCCCUUUGCAAUGCGAAAUCUGCAUAGAAACGCCCACCGCCUCGUCACGACCUUCGAUCUUCACGAGACCCUCAAGGAUGUGAUGGACCUCAAGGGGCGCCUGCGCGACGCCAGCAUUCGGAAUCGAUCGCACCGCUUGGGCAACCCACGCGGCGUCUCGCUCUUCUUGCCCAUUCCCGAGCAGCGAGACUGCCGCUCGGCCCACAUUCCGGACCACUACUGCCUCUGCCACACCCUCAAGCAGAUACCCAAGGACACGCCCACCGUGCAACGGAUCGCUGGCUUCAUCGUCUCGCACAUCAAUCACCUACUGCGUCCCUAUCCCCAGUGCCGCCAACUGUCGCUGGAGGAGAUCGACAGAGCCUACGUGAGGCGGGAUCAUGGCGCGGCAGUGGGCUCUACGGAUCAGUCGACCAUCACGGUCCUGGUGGUAACGGAACCCGGAAACGGCCAUUUUGCGGGCACUGCCUUGGCCUCCAAUGUCACAGCGCUGCACGGACGCAUCACCCGCUCGGAUGCCUAUGGGGCACAGGCUUAUUGCAUUCGCGAUUUCCGCUUUGAAAUGUACUGCUAUUGUGGUUAAGGUAGUGAAGAGCAAACGAUUAAACC